AUGGAUUACGGGAUCCACCCGCGAGUUCCCAAGCAAUUGAAAGGGCAAACCAGUGUUGUCCCUAUGUUUUGGCGUUACAUCAGAGCGGAAUUCUUGAGGAAAGAUCUCAUAUUGACCUAUAUCACCCUGGUCUUCAGCAUCGUGGGUAUGCUGUAUCAGUGUAUAGAUGUCUUAUCGAGUUACCUGGAAUAUCCGACCCUCAUGAACAUUUUGGAGGAACGUGAAGCUGCGAGAUUUCCAGCCAUGACAACGUGCCUCAGUCCAUGGUACAAUCUCACGAUGGUUUGCGAGAAAAGAAACGGGCAGUGUUCGAAGAAAGAUGUGAUGCUCGUCUUGUCCUAUCCAAAACACGCGUACUUCAGAGAGUGGAGAGACUACGGCUUAUCCGAUCCUUCAGUUCUCUUUACGUGUAACAUGACGUCAUUCAUGCCCGAUUGCCCCGACUUCGAUUGCAAAGAUAUGAUCCGACAUAUAUACUACAAGGUCCCGAUGAUGGCCUGCUACACCCUUGAUCUUCAGAGAUUUCUCCCGAGAAACCAUUCGUACUUCAACUGUCAAUAUACGUGGUCAUACGAGCUCAUGGUGGAAGCUCGUUGGAACCCGAAGACGACCAUGAGCACCAUGGACAUGAUGUACUAUCCCAUAUUCUUCCACGAUUCAUCGGUAUACGCGCCGGAACCCAUGUCCUCCGCCGCGAUGCGCAGAGAUGUUUUCGUGGACUACACGAUAGCUCAACAGGAUUGGAGUCGGCUCAAAAAGCCCUACCAUACGGACUGUUGGGAUUAUCGAGAACGUUUCGGUCGGAAGCUGGUCUCUAUCUAUCAGGGCUGGAUGAGUCAAUUGAGCUGUGAGCAAGAGUGCAGAAUGGCUCAAGAGCUGGAAAAUUGCAACUGCAUUCGAACAGUCAACGAGUUUAGUCAUUUCAUGGACGUCGUUCUGUGUGAUGUUUCCGCAGAUGACAAAUGCAGCGCUAUAAUGACGGCGAACAACUCGUUCCUCUACAGCAAGUGCAACGGGAUCUGCAACUCGGAAUGCAGCACGACGCGAUACGAUGCUCGCAUCAGCGGUUUGCGGAACUAUUACCCGAAGAACCACAAGAAGAAGAAAUCCGAUGACAUGAUGUGCGGCUUCAGCGUAGCUUUCAGCUCGGCGACAGUCGAGAUUUAUCACCUCAAGCCGGCCAUGAACAGUGAAAUGCUUCUGGGCAUCAUGGCUGGAUUCAUCGGCGUGUGGGUGGGACUAGCCUUCUCGAACGUUGCAGAUUAUGUUGGAUUUUUGAUCCCUUUGAAGAGAGAGAAGGAGGUUCUUCUGAAGAGGCGCGCGGACCCCCUUCCCCCGAACUACAGACAAGCCCUGUACAAUCGAUACUGA